CCGAAAACAAACUCCCCUCGCAAAAUCCGAAACAGAUCUUUCUAGUGGAGUGCGGUGCUUCCUCUUGUUGCCGGCGUCGUUCCUCUCCACCUUCGCAGGAGAAAAGGAAUAUAAUCACUGGAUUUACCUCUGCCACCGCCGGAUUCAUCCGUCAAAACCCUAACACCCUUAUUCAGUCUACCGUGCAUCUCCGCCUCUGCCUGAAAAGCCAGGUGCUUUUGAAUAUCGUGUCUAAACUAGAUAUCACUCGUGCUAAGGAAAGAAAAGUGAAGUUAAAGCAUUGAAUUUGCGGGAAAAAAUGGCCUCAGAGGAUGGCCGGGACAACUUGGCUGAAUCACUUAAUGACCUAUUCACCCAUGUUUCGAAGAUGGUCAAAGGCGAGCUUUAUGAAACUAACAAUCUACUUGAACUUUUGGAGAAAAUGAAUUCAAGAGUUGGUGAAGAAUAUAAAGGCUUUGGUGAUCUGGCUUCUGGUUUGAGAGUUUUUGUUGAGCAGCUCAAGUCCAAAAGCAGCAACUUUGAUGAGUAUGUGCACCAGAUUGAUGCAAUAGAGCGGCAAGUAACUGAACUUGAAGUUGUCAUAUCCAUGCUUGAUAAGUAUGUUUCUUUGUUGGAAUCAAAAGUAGAGUCCGUAUAUCAUGUUCCAUCUUCAUGACUACAUUGUUUAAUGAAUUUCUCGUUCUUUAACUUUUGUUUGUAUUGAUCCAUCUUACAAACUUUUCUCUCUUAUACAUCAAAUUAUAUAAGACUAUUUCGUCACACAUAGGCUACUUUUGAUGUAUGUGAUGGUAGCAAGCAAUUUGUGUCCUAGUUACUAUAUUAGAGCCAUGUAUUUCCCUCAUUACAU